CCAGCUGAUCGAACAUAUGAUCGCAGCGCAUGCGCAGACGUAACAAAGCCGAAAGCAUUUCGGGCAGUGGCGGCGCGGCGGUUAUUUGCUGUCGUAAGAAAUUCCUCAUUUAAUAUUUUAAAUGUCAGAGUCACAGUCUUCCCUUCUUCUUCGUAAGCAGCUGGCUGAACUGAACAAAAACCCCGUGGAUGGGUUCUCAGCUGGCCUCAUCGACGACAAUGACAUCUUCAAAUGGGAAGUGCUGAUCAUCGGCCCCCCGGAUACACUGUUUGAGGGAGGCUUCUUCAAGGCGCACCUGUACUUCCCCAAGGAGUACCCCCACCGUCCACCUAAGAUGAAGUUCAUCACCGAAGUCUGGCAUCCGAAUAUCGAGAAGAACGGUGACGUAUGCAUCUCGAUCCUGCACGAGCCCGGCGACGACACGUACGGCUACGAGAAGGCCUCGGAGCGGUGGCUGCCCGUGCACACAGUGGAGACCAUCCUCAUCUCCGUCAUCUCAAUGCUGGCCGACCCCAACGACGAGAGCCCGGCCAAUGUGGACGCCGCCAAAGAGUGGCGUGAGGACUUUCCCAAUUUUAAGAAGAAGGUGGCGCGCUGCGUGCGGCGGAGUCAAGAGGAGUGCUGAGUGGUGUUGCCGGCCCGAGGACCUGCUGCACUGGCGGCCCCGUGGAACUGCGCUGUGAUAGGACGAUCGCUGGGGCCGGGCGGGCCGGCCGCCGCUCGCCCCUGGUCGCUGGCUAGUAGUCGGGGCCCGGCGCGCGACGGCGGCAGGAGGACCGUGCCGACGACCGACGGACGACGGACGACGGACCGACGUACGGACGGACGGAGGGCGGAGGACGGCGCGAACGGAGACGGACGGCGGACGGAGGGGACGGCACGGCGCUCGACCGGAGCCACGGCGGAGGGACAGGGACGGGACAGCCGGGAGCGGUGAGUGGGACAGCUGGGACGGAGUGCGGGGACGGACCGACGGACUGGGCAGUGCUGGGGGGUCCAGGAGGCGGCCGACGGGCGGUCUCGACCGCCGGCGCCGGCCAGCCGACUCGUCUUCUCGCGGCUCGCCGGCCGCCUGGUGACGGCAGCCGUCACUCGAAACUGUGGACUCAGCCGCCAGAUGGCAGUGAGCGUGCGGUGUGGUGAGUGCCGAGCGCGUGGCGUCGUCUUCUUACCUCAGUGUGGGUGUGAGUGUUCGUGUCUUGUUGCGUGCUUAUUUCGCCGACUGGGGAGGGCUGGUGGCCGGCAGGCUCGGAUUGCUGAACAGAAUCAUCAGGCGCGAUCUGUGGCAUAAAAUAAUCUCUGCAUUUGAGCUCGUUAUUGGUCGUUUUGGUUUGGAAAUAAAUAGAAAGGUUUACGAGGAAGGUAAUUGCUCUCGCCUACCCUUGCCGCAUGUGUACAUGCCUGUAUGUAGUGGGGUAUUUUAUUUUCGGUGUGAAUAAAGUAAGAAUUUGUU